AUGUUACCAGAAAAGCCGUGGAGCCGCUUACACCUGGACCACGCAAUAAAUUUUAAGGGUAGAGAUUGGCUGGUGAUCAGAGAUGUUUAUUCCAAGUACCCAUGCAUUCAUCCUACUUCUUCCACAUCCUCCAAAGCUACUUUAAAUCUUCUUGAGGAAGACUUUGCGCACUUCGGAUUUCCUCACACACUGGUCACCGAUAACGCACCAACUUUUACGUCUGAGGAGUUCCAGAGCUGGUCCAAAGAACGUGGGAUCACACACCUGACAGGGGCACCUUACCACCCAGCUACCAACGGAGCAGCAGAACGUUUGGUGCAGACCUUCAAACAAGCUCUGAGGAAGUCUUCUCUUCCGCCGACACGAGCACUUCAAGAGUUCUUGAUGCAGUACCGGAGAACACCGAUAUCCUGUGGAUUCUCUCCAAACAAUGAACCUGGUGAUGCAGAAGACACUGUAUUUGAAUUUGCAACAGAUCACCCGAUGGAGAUCUCGGAAACUGCCACUAACUCAAAGACAAACCAGACCCAAGACCAUGUUACCCGUUCCAGAAUACGAACAAGGAUUGAUUCUCUACUGCCAUCGCCAGCACACAUUGCUCAAGCCAAACAGUCUAAGGAAGCAUAUAAGUCUCAGAUGACUCCGGGCUCGGCUGAUGUCGCUAAAGUUACUGGGCAGUACAAGGCCAGAGAUCCUGUGUAUGCACUAUACUAUGGACCUCGCAGAGAGACAAAGAUCCCCGAUGGGUACCAGCAAUUAUUAAGAAGUCAUUGGGUACUCUCUGCUUUAACGUCAAGGUCAUACCUCAUGGCCCGAUGUGGAGACGACACUGGGAACAGCUGCGAUCGCGGUACACAACUGAGGAAGACAAUGAACCUGGUGAUGCAGAAGACACUGUAUUUGAAUUUGCAACAGAUCACCCGAUGGAGAUCUCGGAAACUGCCACUAACUCAAAGACAAACCAGACCCAAGACCAUGUUACCCGUUCCAGAGUAUGGACCAGACAACCCAAGACGGUCCAAGAGAACCCGUAAAACCCAAGAGAGACUUUGCUGUUGA